AUGAUCUUAGCCAGCAUACGAAGAGAGGUUCUCACAGUGAAGGCCCGUGCCCCCUUUGGCCGUGUUGUGUGCGCCCGCUUAUCAUCAUCUGCAUUUCCAUACAUUUCAGACUUUACUAGUCUCGUAAAGAAGGUCCAUCAGGAGCUCCCUGAAGCAACACAAGACGCCACCAAGUUCGACCAGCUUGUAUUAAAUGCUUUGUCCACAUGCCAGCUGAUCCAAACCCACGCAUAUGCUCCCAACGAGCAAAUCAACGAAUCGUCCAAGUCCAUUGUCGAGACGAAACUGGUCAUAGAUGAGAUCUUCACCAAAUCCGAGAAUGUGGCAUUCAACCAAGAUCUUCUUCGCCAAAUCUUCUUGUUGAAGUUGCCCACACUUGUGAACUUGCAUAUAAUCAAUCAUUACUACGCCAAAAACCCAUCCGAGGCAACCAUCAUCCCAAAGGAUUUGGCAUUGAUUCCCUUCCGCUCGUCGUUGUUCAACGGCGACUUCAAGCACGCCAUAAAACUUGCCGAUGUCACUGUUGGCCACCCCAACUACAUUCUGAACAACAACCAGAUCUUGAAGAAGGGCUUGUUCAAGUUGUUGGGAUCCACAGUGUUGAUCACUUUGCUGACCAAAUUCGGGGUCAACCAAAUCAUAGAAUGGGGUGGUCUCAGUGAUGGCUGGAGACAUCUCGGCUCUAUCAACUCGAUGUUGUUAACAUACCUCAUCAACUCCAGUUUUUUCAUCACCAUCGUGAGAUUGGGAAGGCAGUCCAUCCUGGCCGGUGGAGACAUUGUCACCUGGCAAAAGGGAACCUUCUACACCAACAUGUUUAGGCACGCGGAUGAAAUGAUGUUUGCCUCUAAGAUCAUCGAGGCGGACAGACAAUUGAAUGGUGGAGAAUCCAAUCCAGAAAUCACCAACGAAUUGUUACAGGUCAAGGACGAUUUGGAGGACUUGAAACUUCAAGCCUAUUGGAUGAGUGGAGGCGACGGUUUUGAAUGGGUGGAGCCGGACCAAGAUCCUGCCGAGUUACUUUGGAAAAAGCACUUGAGCAAGUUGGACCAGCCAUUAUUGAGGAAUACUGGCGGGAGAGGUUUGAAAUGGGCCGACGACUUGAUUGAAGAAGUAACCAUGUCUCGGUUAACCAUUAAGAGGCUCAUCUCCCAUAAAGCUCAUCCAGAGAACGUCAUCCUUGCCGAUGCGCUCAAUCUCCUUUCUCCAUCGGAAAUUCCCAAAGCAGCAUCUAGUUUUAAACCUUCUUUGUUAACUAAUUUCGCAAAGGGGUCAGCAAAUGAAAGAUUCAACUCCGAUGACUUGAUCAAAGUCAAGCUACCAGCAUCAGGCGUCCAUGAAAGUGCGGAAGUAUACCUCAAUAACUUGUUGAUGGGGCUUCAGUCUUCUAGAAUAAUGAGUGCCAAACCCAACUAUCAAAUUCUCGAGAUGAGUCCUAAAGAGCUAGCUACGUACAUAAAGUCAACUUCAUCUGAACAGAGAUUGUUCGAACUCAUGGAGCUCUUCUAUUAUCAAAACAAGCUUACUCCUCGUAUCAUGACAGACAUCAUUCUAAACAAACAUUUUGUCAAUGUGCAUCAAAGCCCCCUCAAGUUAACUAACCUCGAAGCCCUCAACCUCUCCUGGAGACCCAUCAACUACACGCAAAUCGAUAUCCUCCUAAUGAAGAAGUACCACGACUUGAAAAAGCCCCUCUUGAUAUUGAAAAACUUGAAGGAAAACUUCGUGACCAAGUACUACCCCUUAGUGGAAGCAAACAAACUAUCGCCAUUCUAUGAGCGAAUUGUUUGGAAGUUCAACUUUGAGUAUAUCAAGAACCUCGAUGAAUUCUACUACAUUCGCAAGUUGAACUCGCUUAAGUCGAGUUUCAUCAUCUGGGAGUCAUCGCUUGAAAACAACCACCGCAUCAGCCAGUACAUCCUCGAGAACAUCAGCGAUCUCUCGGAGAUCCAAAAACUCUUCUUGAGGGUCUGCUGUAAUGACGUUGUCCAGACCAAGGUUAACGAACAACUACAAGUGCAUCAAAACUCAAAACUAUUAUCGGACUUGAAAAAGCUCUCGAUCAAGUACAAGGUGAACGGGCUUUCAGAUGCCCCUAGUAGUGAGGUCAGGAUGAACUACUACUCGUUGAUCAAGGCACUUGAAGAGAUAUUGGCGGAAGCCGGCGACGAAAAUGGCCUAGCCAUUCGCGAUGAUUUGAAGAGGUAUAAAGAGAUGGUGGUGAUGAAAUUGGGCGUAGAGGACCAGGAAAUCAAAUGGCUCAACGACCAGUUCUUGUCGUUGGUUCCUAAAUCCAACUAA